AAAAAAUAACCCGGAACCGUUCCAAGUUUCUAGCCAUUCAGAGCCAUUCAUUCGCUACAGUUCUUCGAAUACACUGACAGCUUUUUCUUGCACCAGCGGAUUUCCCCCUCUUCCCCUCCCGCUAUGGCUGCAGAUUCAAUGGAGAUCGACGACUCUCUGUACAGCCGUCAGCGCUAUGUACUGGGAGACAGCGCUAUGCAAAAGAUGGCCCAGUCUUCAGUCUUCCUCAGUGGAAUGGGAGGAUUGGGAAUUGAGAUAGCCAAGAAUAUUGUCCUUGCUGGUGUUAAGACAGUAACGCUACAUGACACCAAGCAGUGUGAAGUUUGGGAUCUGGGCAUCAACUUUUUCAUCCGCCAAGACGAUGUGUUCAACCAGAGGACGAGGGUGGAAGCUGUUUUCCCAAGGAUAGUGGAGCUGAACCCUUACGUUCAUGUGGAGAAGUCUUCAUCCACUCUGGAUGACAACACUGACCUCAGCUUCCUCAGAAAGUACCAAUGUGUUAUUUUGACUGAAGCCAGCCUGAAUCUCCAAAAGAGAGUGAACGAGUUCUGCCACUCACAAGAGCCUCCCGUCAGAUUCAUCAGCUGCAGUGCCCAUGGGAUCUGCGUGAGGGUGUUCUGUGACUUUGGGGAUGACUUCGAGGUGUCGGACCCCACGGGGGAGGAGCCCAAAGAGAUCUUCAUCCAGAGCAUCACUCAGGGCAGCCCAGGCGUGGUGACUUGCAUGGACAACCGGCCGCACGGCCUGCAGAACGGCCAGUCCGUCCUCUUCAGGGAGGUCAACGGCAUGCAGGAGCUCAACGGCAGCACGCGGCCAGUGACAGUCCUUUCUCCUCAUAGUUUUUCAAUAGAAGACACAUCCCAUCUCCAACCCUAUGCACAUGGAGGUUUCUUUGCCCUGGUGAAAACGCCCAUGACGUUCAGCUUCGAGACGAUGGAAAAACAGCUGUGGGAUCCUCAGGUUCUGACCCCAGACUUCAGUAAACCAGAGGCACCGCUACAGAUCCACGCAGCCAUGUUGGCUCUGGACACCUUCCAGGAGCAGCAGGGGAGGAUGCCCAACAUCGGGUGUCUACAGGAUGCCGAGGUUUUAGUGAAGCUCACGGAGGAAGUCAACGGCCGGCUCAAGAAUAAAGCUCCAGUGAACGCUGAGCUGGUGUGCUGCCUUUCCCGGACAGCGAGAGGCGCCCUCCCCCCGUUGGCGGCGGCUGUAGGCGGCCUGGCCAGUCAGGAAGCGCUCAAGGCCCUGACCGGGAAGUUUUCCCCGCUGCAGCAGUGGUUUUACCUGGAUGCUAUCGAGUUGUUUCGGCCGCUCCAGUCUCUUCCCGUGGAGGAGUUCUCCAGCAGGGGCGACCGCUACGACGGUCUUAGAGCCUGCAUCGGAGAGUCAAUGUGUCUGGAGCUGCACAAGCUCAGGGUGUUCAUGGUGGGCUGUGGCGCCAUCGGCUGUGAGAUGCUGAAGAACUUUGCUAUGCUCGGCGUUGGAUUGGCAAAGUGCUCGGGAGAGGUGUUCAUUACAGACCCGGACCUCAUAGAGAAAUCCAACCUUAACCGACAGUUUCUCUUCAGGCCAUAUCAUAUACAGAAGCCCAAGAGCAGCACGGCGGCGGUGGCCACGCUGGAGAUCAACCCGGAGCUGCAGGUGGACGCCCACCUGCACAAGGUGUGCCCCGCAACCGAGGGCACCUACAGCGACGCCUUCUACUCCCGCCUGCACCUGGUGGUGACGGCGCUGGACAACGUGGAGGCCCGCAGAUACGUGGACAGUCGAAGUGUAUCCAAUCAGAAAGCUCUCCUGGAUUCGGGGACGAUGGGAACCAAAGGACACACAGAGAUCAUUGUGCCAAACCUGACAGAGUCCUACAACAGCCACCGGGACCCCCCUGAGGAGGAGAUCCCGUUCUGCACCCUGAAAUCCUUCCCAGCGGUCAUAGAGCACACCAUCCAGUGGGCCCGGGACAAGUUUGAAAGCGGGUUCACUCAAAAGCCCUCCACCUAUAACCUCUUCUGGCAGACUCACUCUUCGGUGGAAGCAGUGCUUCAGAGGAUGCAGUCGAGGGAGAGUCUGGAGGGGGCUUUCCAGGUCAUCAAGCUGCUGAGCAAGCGGCCCAGCCAAUGGGAACACUGCAUCAUCCUGGCUCGCCUUAAAUUUGAGAAAUACUUCAAGAAAAAGGCCCUUCAACUGCUGCACUCCUUUCCUCUGGACACGCGGUUAAAGGACGGCAGUUUGUUUUGGCAAUCACCCAAAAGACCCCCGUCGCCUAUUGAAUUCAACUUGAAAGACAAUUUGCACCUCACCUUCGUCGUCAGUAUGGCCCGGCUGUUUGCAGGGAUCUAUAACAUCCCCUACUCCGAGAAGGAUCAAUGUGAAGAGUAUGUGGCCAGGGUUCUCGGCGAGGUCACUAUCCCAGAAUACAAACCCUCAGAGAAGCCAAUCGAGACAGACGAGUCGGCCAAGAAGCCAGACCAGCAGAAGCUGGCGCUGAGCAGUGAAGAGGAGAGGGAGGCUAUCACACAGCUGGAGGGAGCCAUCGCCGCCAGACACGUCAGCCCAGAGUGGCUGCAGGUGUCCCCCAUGCAGUUUGAGAAGGACGACGACGCCAAUGGACACAUGGACUUCGUGGCGUCGGCGUCGGCCCUCCGAGCGAGGAUGUACGCCAUCGAGGCCGCCGACCGCCUGAAGACCAAGCGCAUCGCCGGCAAGAUCAUCCCCGCCAUCGCCACGUCGACGGCCGCCGUGGCUGGACUGGUGGCGCUGGAGCUCAUUAAGGUGGUCGGCGGCUAUGGAUUUGAAUCGUUCAAAAACUGCUUCUUCAACCUGGCCAUCCCCGUGGUGGUGCUCACGGAGACCGCGCCCGUCAAACGCACACACAUCAGGGACAACAUUUCCUUCUCCAUCUGGGACCGGUGGAACAUCUACGGCCAUGACACCUUCACCCUCUCUGACUUCAUCAGCGCAGUGAAGGAGAAGUACGGCAUCGAGCCCACCAUGGUGGUCCACGGCGUAAAGAUGCUCUACGUGCCUGUGAUGCCCGGACACAACAAGAGGCUGAAGCUGACGAUGCACAAGCUGAUCAAGCCGCCGUCGGAGCGCCGCUACGUGGACCUGACCGUGUCCUUCGUGGCCGAGGCCGACGAGGACGAGGACCGCCCCGGCCCCCCCGUCAGGUACCACCUCCACCGCCGGGCGGGCGGCGAGACGCCCUGA